AUGCCCACCAUUCUAGAAUCAGAUCUUAGUCAUUCAAACUCAGAUGCUGUACGACAAUCCUCCAAACAACGUGCACCAAGAACUCCCUCUGGUGGCAAAUCUGGUUUCACCUGGGCUUCGUUCACCUCAACCACUUCAGGUGCACCAUUUUUCCGAUUCCAUGGUUUCCACGGAUAUCCUGCAAUUAGUGGCAAGACAAUAAUAACAGACGUCACAUUCUCCAACUUCGGUAGUGCUUGUGGAACAACAGAUGUUGCUAUUAUCACAAAUCCUGCCAAUGUUGAUGCUAUGCAUCCAAUCUUUAUGACAGGAGCAAACUUUGUGGAUGUCCUACCCACAUCAAAAGUUUUUAUACAUUGGCCAUCUUUAGCUUUUGUAAAUCCAGCAGAUUGUGUGGACAUGGAUUGUGAUGGAAAGAAGAAAGCCAUUAUCAAAGAUCUUGAUGGUGGAUUGUUGGGGACACCAGGAACAGUGAUACCAAAGUCUGAAUAUGAAUGGGAUGGUGAUAGGAGACAUGGAGUUGGUGAUUACCGUAUUCCAGUAACUCUACUGGCAAACCCAGAUGGAAGUCGUAAGAACAUCAAUGAUGUAGCACCAAAAAAAGGUAUUAUAAGGAAUGAUGAGUGUGUCUUUCAUGAUGACUGGCACGCCUAUGAGUGUCAUGAUUUAAACUACAUUAUGAUGGUAAUUGAGAGUAUGGAUGAAGAUACCGAAACACGACGUGUAUCACCAAUUGGUCUUGUAGCUGAUGGUUACAUGGAUUUAAUUAAUGGACCCAUGGAUAAUGGUUGGUGUCUUGGGUAUACGUGUCAAGAACGUAUUAGCACCUUCUAUACUAUUGUUUCCAGUGGAAAGAUUUAUGACAUGGCAUUCACUGGCACCAAUCCUCAAAACCUUCGUUUUCACCUCCUCAAUGCUGAUGAUGAUGAAACUGUGCGAAUUGAUAUGUGGGGAGCAAAUUCACAACGUUUAGAUGUUUACCGCAAUGAUGCAUAUAUUGCACCAACAAAUGCUCAGUUGUCUGGUUCAAGCUUCACCUGGCUCCCUAGGAAUCCUUCUCUUCCUGAUGACCAGUAUCUCCCAACAAUAGGUGGUUCAAGUGGACAAAACUUCCAUGACAAUGAGGUUCAAACUCUGUAUAUUCUGAUUCGUGGAUCUGAUGUAAUUGAAGUUCGCAUUAGUCCUGUAAUAAUUGUUGCAUUCGGUGUUGAUCCUGUCCAUAUUGAUGACUUCUUCGAGAUUAACUUGAUUUCAAACCUCGCUAACCUGUUUGGUAUUAGCACAGAUCAAAUCCGGGUAGUUGACAUUGUCAGAGAGAGCAAGAGACGUAGAAGAGCUGUAGAUCCUGCAACUGUGACAGUGGAAAUUGGUGAUCCUCCAACACCAACUAUUGAUUCAUUGGCAGUUAAUGGCACUGAUAAUUCUACAUUUUAUGCCAAUUCCAAUUAUACUGGUCUCAAUGAUAGUUUAUCAUUUGAGGAAUUAGAAGAGAUAGCAUCUUACCUUGUAAAUGAAGGUCAGAGUGGUGGAUUGGAUGAUGCAUUGGGUGUAGAAGUAUUAACAUUAUCAGUCACUGAUCCAGUAGCACCCGCAGUAGAUUCAACUGGUGGUGUGAGAGCAACAAAUGAAACUGGUGGGCCAGCUGAUGGAGAUGUCAGGUAUGAUGAAUUGGUUGAAGAAACUGAUGAUGAGCUAGCUCUGAUAUAUCAAAUUCCUAAACGAUUAAAUAUUUACCAUGAAAUCUCAGGAGCAUAUGAAGGAGCGAUAUUUCAACAGCAACCAGUCAUUGAUGCUCUUGAUGCUCUGGGUGACCAUGUAAACAACCUUGGUCAUAGUUCAUCACCAUGGCAACUGAGUGUAUCACUUACACCUAACACAGGCAAUGCCAGAGCACAGUUGCUAGGUAACACCAGUGUGGUAUUCGUUAAUGGAUAUGCUAAUUUCACCAAUUUAGCCAUCACACAUGCUGGAGAUUACAUCCUAGACUUCGUCAUCACUGUCCCAGAAAACACAACAUUAGGUGUUGUUUCCAUUUCAUUCACUGUAUCCAAUCGUCCAUACUCUCUGGGUGUUGUAGCUGUUCCUGAUUCUGCUUAUGAAGGCGAGUUAUUCACACCACAGCCUAUCAUUGAAAUUGUUGAUACCAUUCUAGGUGAAACUGCAGAAAAUAUCUCAUGGAAGGGUCACACAUGGACAUCACACAUCGAGUUGUUUAUGCCUUCAUUGUAUCUGGGUAACCUUCAAGGCAACCAGACUGCCCCUGUCCAAGCAGACACCUCACAGACUGCAUACUCUGAUUUAUACAUUGAUACAUAUGGCAAGGACUAUCUCCUUGAAGUGACAGUUACAUCCAGUCCAGCUGACUAUGAACUAACAGUGGUAUUGUCAAACUUUGAUGUGAUUGAUCCUAAUGCAUCUAUCCCGUCUGGCUCCACAAAGAGUGUGACGUUGACAUUUGAUGAGGAUUACAACAGUGUAGUUUCUGGUUUAGAAACUUACUUUGCUAUAAUGUUUGUCAACCAUAUGAAUGCAAGAUAUACCCAUUUGACAGUGAGCAAUGUCCAGCUUUCAGAAGGAAGUAUAGUGGUUACAUUUGAUGCAACAGGCUCAACAGAUGACUUGGAUAAUACUCUUAUUGUAAUGUGGGAGGAUGUGAAAAAUGGACUGAUAUUAAAGUUCAAUGGGACUGAAUUGGUGUCUACGGAAAGCAUGUUAGUCGAUGGAGAGGAUUUCUAUGGCAAUGAUUCAGAGACUUUAUCAGAAUCUUAUGUAUUGGUCAUUAUUUUAUCUAGUGUGUUUGGUUUUAUAGCCGUUUGUGUUAUUGGUGUUUGUAUCUAUCUUAUCUACAAGAAACAACACUCAGGCAAAGAUGUGGUGCAGGCUGAAUCAAUCCCAAUAACAGAUAAAUUCCCAGAAAAAAGAACAAUUUCCGAAAGAUUACUAGGGGAUAAUACCAGUGAUUGUAGUAGUGAGUCUGGUAUAGCAUCAAGUACGCCUGGAACACCACAUGUUAAAAUCAAUGGACAGAAGUUUACGUUUGAAUUUACCCAAGAAGAUUUGGACAAUAUGAACAUAUCAAGCAGACCAGUCAGUGCCAUGUCAGCACGAACUGGUUUCAACACACCAAUCAGAUCUCCAACUAUCAUAAUGGUCUCACUACCACCUGGUUCCGCCACGCCCUCUUGUAAUCAAGAAACUGAACUGAAUGUGGAAGAAAGCAUGACUGUUAUUGCAAUGAAUGGUGAUCGCUCCUUCAGUGGACUUGGCAAUGUGGUGGUGAAUUUGUCUGGCAGUAUGGACAGAUUGAGGAAGGAACUUGUCAAAGCAUUGCCCAGCAAACUGAAAGGAAAGCCGUUUGUGUUUCUGCAAGAAACUUUGAAUAUUCUGGAAACUGUGAAAGAGAGGAAAGUUGUUGUAUCAGAGAUCUACAGAGGUGACUGUAUUAUGCUGAAGAUACUACCUGAUUCUGCUGCUGAACGUUUCUUCUGCCGUUGUGGUGCUGUAUCUCAUUUAGAAUGCACAUUGUGUGGAAAGCAGUCAUAUUGCAGUGCACAAUGCCAGAGUGCUGAUUGGUCUCAACACAUGCUAGUAUGCCUGAAGGCUGAUAAUAAACUUCUCUUACCAUGAUACAUAUGGCGCAAAUGAUGUUCAGUUCUUGUACUUAGACACCUAUCACAUAAUGCUGUAUACUUAAUAUAUGUCUAACCCGAGCCCUGUAAACAAGAAACUUGUUUAAACUGAACUCUCCUUGAAUAUGACUUUAAACGAAUCCUGCAACAAAAAACACUGAAUCAUAUUUAAAUGAAGCCAUGAAAUUAUAACUAGAAAAAUGUCAAAAGCAAACCUCUUUUCUUAUGCCAUAGUCUGCUUUUAUAGAAACCUUCUGUAUUAGAACAAAACCAUGUGCCUUCUAUUCAAAUAAUAUUAUUUGAAUGAUCUACAUUUGUAUAUCUUUCCACCUUUCAUCAUGGUUUCCAUGAAUUGCUUUUUCUGGGAAGUAUGGUCUGUAAAACAUAGUUGCAAAUUCUUGAAUACAUCACCAAUUUGAAUAUUAGGCCGUUGAACAUUUAUUAUUUUUUAAUAUGUUUAAACCCCAAGCCAUUUUUAACCAAAACCCUUGGAAUAUAUACAGACUGCUAUUCCUAAAUUAUAUCCUAAAACUAUAAUCCUGAAAUAUUGCAUAUAUCCAAUAUUAUAGUUAUCACCAUAGUAUUACAUAGUAUUAGGUAAACUGCUAGCUAAAUUGCUGUAUUGGUAUUGAUUGUUUAUAAACACGUAAUCCCAUUGCAACAAAGUCAGUUCCUCCAGACAUUGUUGCACCUCAUAUGUUACCACAAUAAAUCCAAACUUGUAGACAUGUUGACUCAAGGUCAAUUGUGAGACUUGAAUAUAAAAUCUCUACCUAUAUAAAAUAUUCAAGAGAUAAUUAAGGUAUUCAAUUACUGGAGUAACUUUGUCAGAUGUGUGUUACAGGAUCAAUAAACUUAAGAUGUGUAUAUAUUUGGAGUGUGUAAUUUUUUGGUUUUUAUACAAUUAUAGAUUGUUAUUUGCAUAAUAAAGAUUGAUUCAUCA